AUGGAUAAGCGCGACGCUGCAACAGCAGCAGCAGACGCUGCAGCAGGAGAGGAGGCAGCGCAGCAGCAGCAGCAGCAGCAGCAACGGCGAACGCCCAGAGUCUACAGGACCAGCACAGCGCUGAGCGCAGCAGCAGCUGCUGGGGGGCCAACAGGAAGUGCAGCAGCAGGCAGCAGCAGCUCGCUGCGGCAGCGCUUUUACUGGGAUGUGGAGAAGGACGAAGUGACCUUUGCUGACGGCAGCAGCAGCAGCAGCAGCAGCAGCAGCAACAACAACGGCAGCAGCAGCAACAGCAUCUUUUCGUCAGGUGAAUUUACGCAGCUAGCGCAGCGAGAGGCAGCGGAGCCAAUCCCCUUUACCUUAGUGAAAGACAUUGUUGAACGUAUGCCAGUUAGCAUCAGCAGCAGCAGCAGCAGCAGCAACAACAGCAGCAGCAGCAGCAGCAGCGGCAAAGUCAGCAAGUUUGCUGCAGCACGGAAGCAUCCGCCCUUCCCGAAGGCUGUCCACCGCAGUCUGCUGCAGCAGCAGCCGUCGCAGCGGCUGCAACUUCAGAAUAAAAAUCAAGCUGCCGCUGCUGCUGCUCCUGCUGCUGCUGCAGCUGCUGCAGCAUCUGACGCUGCGGGCACUGUAAACGACUCAGCAGCAACAGCAAAAGCAACUGCAGCAGCAGAAGCAGCAGAAGCUGCUCGCCUUCUGGGGAUUGAUCCGGAUGAAGUGCAGCAGGCGCUGCAGCAGCUCAAGGAGAGACUGGGGCCUGAAAAGUUUGCCUUUCUGCAGCGGCGGGCGGAGCAGAAGCUGCAGCAGCAGCUGCAGCAGCAGCAGCAGCCGCAGCAGCAAGAGCAGCAACAGCCACAGCGGCAGCUGCAGCAGCAAAAGGCAGCCGAGGGGCAAGAACAGGUGAAGCAGCAGCAGCAAAAUAAGUCCAAUGGAGACAGCGAGGCAGCAAAUAAAGAACAAGAGUUCCUGCGCUACCGGAUAACGCUGCAGCGAGCUCCAGCAGCAGCAGCAGCAGCAGCAGCAGCAGACACAGCAACAGGGGAAGCAGCAGCAGCAGCAGAAGCGCAGCCACCCCCUUGUGGGGCCUUUGUGUUUGACUCGCGUGAAGCCGCAAAGCUGCGGUGGACAGAUCCGCUGCCUGCGGAGGACCCUGCUGCUGCUGCUGCUGCUGCAUCUGCUGCUGCCUCGCAGCAGCAGCAGGAGCAGAGGCAGCAGCAGCAGCUUGCAGCUGCUGCUGGCGUCCCGCUGGAGCAGCCGCUGCAGCAGCAGCAGCAGCAGCAGCUGGCAGCUCUCCGCUUCGACUUCAGCGGGCGGCUGCGGACUGAUGCUUGGGGCCUGCAGGCUGCUGCUGCUGCAGUGGUUGCUUUCUGGCAGCAGCUGCUGCUGGGUGAGCCAAGCGGUGCAGCAGCAGCAGCAGCAGCAGCCGAAACGGUAAGAAACGCUGCUGCUGCAGCGGACGAGGCAGGCGUGGGCGCGUGGCUGACGCCUGCUGCCACUGCAGCAGCAGCAACAGCAGCACAGGCAGCAGCAGCAGCAGCAGCAGACCCUCUCGCCUACUACAGGGGCCUCCACCACCACGGGCAGCAGCCAGAAGCAGCAGGAUAUACUGUGGAAGAGGCGCUGCUGCUGGCCCACAGUGCUGCAGCAGCACAACGGGCUUUGGCUGUUCGCAUGUUGGGGCAGCUGCUGCUGGCCGCGAGGUCCGUUUGCUUCCUUCCUAGCAGCGCAGCAGCAGCAGCAGCAGCAGCAGCAGCAGCGCCAGCAGGAGCAGCAGAUAAGCAGUCGACCGCGUUUUCUGCGCUGCAGCGGUUGCUUGCUCCCCUACUGUUCCCUCAGCAGCAGCAGCAGCAGCAGCAGCAGCAGCAGCAGCAGCAGCAGGCUCUAGUGCUGCGGGCUGGCUUUGGAUUUGGCUUGGGGAGGUAUUUGCGCUUUUUGCUGCUGGAUCAGCAGCUGCUGUUUCGUUUGUGCGGCUGCCUCAUGUCAGAAGCUGCUGCUGUUGCUGCAGCAGCAGCAGCAGGUCUUGCAAACGUGUUUUUACCGGUGCAGCCCACUCGCCGCCUGGGCCCGCUGCAGCAGCAGCGUAUGCUGCAGCUGCAGCAGCAGGAAGAGCGAGCUGCUGCUGAAGUUGCUGCUGCUGCUGCGCUGCACCUGCAGCCAGCAGACACCCGCCUUUGCUGCGCUGUCGCCACCCCCUACCUGCUGCACCUGCGCAGCCGCAGCAGGGUAGCUCCAGCAGCAGCAAAGGCAGCAGCAGCAGCAGCAGCAGGCGUUUGCAGCUGCAUGCUGAAUAUCUCCGACUCUGCUGCUGCAGCAGAAGAGCCCUCGCUGUUUCCUCUGGGGGGCCUGGACCUCGUGGGGUGUACGUACACCCCAGGUCCCCUGUGGCCUGCUGCAGCAGCAGCAGCAGCAGCAGAUGCCAGAGUGUGUCUGGGCCCUGGCAGCGCCUGGGCAGCUCUUGCUGCGCGCUGGGGAGACUUGCUGCCUCAGCAGCAGCAGCAGCCGCAGCAGCAGCAGCAGCGGCAGAGUCCCCUGGAUAUACCCCUGGGGGAGUCCUUUGGAAGACACCCGCAUGCAGCAGCAACUGACUUCGCGCUGCUGCUGCCGCGCGUGGCUUUGCUGCUGCAGCGGUGCUGGGGCAUGGCUGAGGAGGAGCAGCAGCUGGUGCGGCUGCUGUGCGGCCUCUGCACAGGGGGGGCGCAGCAGGUGCAGCAGCUGCUGCAGCACAAAGAGCUGCUGCAGCAGCUGCUGCGGCUCACAGAAAGUUUGCUUCUCGGAGCAGAGGCGCGCCACAAGCGGCGUGCUGCUGCUCGCAAUCAGGUCCUGCCUGCAGCUCAGUGCCUCCUUGGCAGCAGCAGCAGCAGCAGCAGCAGCAACGGUCUACAUGGAAGCAGCAGCAGUGGCAGCGCUGCUGCUGCGGAAAUAGGUGAACACGACUUAGGGGAGCAGCGGCUCCUGCUGCAGCUGCUGCUUCUGCUGCGCAUCUGCGCCAGCCGAGUGGAGAGUCUGCAGCAGCUCGAGCCUUUCUUUGGUCCUUUGGAGCUUCAGGGCAGCAGCGAUGCUGCAGAAGACUGCAGCAGCAGCAGCAGCAGCAGCGUGCUAGGGCUGACGCUGCAGUCUCUCAUGGCAGUUGUUGAGCAGCCCGAGCUGCAGAUUUUCCAGCAGCAGCAGCAGCAGCAGCAGCGGCAGACGCAGGCGGAUGAAGACGACGUCAAGUUGCUGCCUGUCGCAUGCGUGCUUCGCGUUGCUGCUGCAGCUAGUGCAGCAAAGCUGCUGCGGCUGCUGCAGCAGCGGGGCAGCUGCGCGGUGCCUGUUGAGCCGCUGCUGCCUGCCUUUGCUGCACAUGUUCGCGGCUUUAAUCGCCAGCUGCAGGUGCUGCAGGGCCAUUUGCUGCUGCAGCAAAUAUCAGAUUCGGGUGCAGCAGCAGAAGCUAGUGAAGCCACGGAUUCUUGCUUCACGCCGUGCUCCUGGCAUGCAGCAGGUAUUAGCAGCAGCAGCAGCAGCAGCAGCAGCAGCGUCGCAGCAAAGGCAAGGCAGCUGCUGAGAUAUGAGGGGGAGCUGGUGGUGCAGCUCUUUGCGUGGGCAGCAGACGCAAUAACUGCAGCCACUCUACAGGUGGGUCGCUCGCGAUUUCCUGCUGCUGCUGCUGCUGCUGCUGCUGCUGCUACCCCCAGGAGCUGUAGCUGGUGCAGAGAUGGGCUGGCUACCGGUGCUGCGGCUGCGGCUUUGUACGCAGGCUUCGCUGUUGCUGCCUCCAGCAGGGCAGCUUCUUGCUGCGCUGCAGCCACUGCAGCAGCAGGAGCCAGCAGCCUGCAGCAGACUGGCUGCUGCUGCUAUGCACGUGCUGCUGCAGUGCACCAACGCCGUUCGUUGGAGGCUCCGCAUCAGCAGCAACGGCGAGGACGAACUUGCUGCUGCAGUGGACGCAGAGGAGUGCGACGAGCCUGCUGCAGCCUUGGCAGCAGCAACAGCAGCAGAGGACCGUGA